AUUUACUCCUCGGUUUCUGGCUCUUCCUUUAUUUUCCCAAUCUCCACUUCUCCUUCACUUCUCCACCCACCUCCUCUCGCUCUCUCAAGAUUAAUUUCCCCUUCCUCACUGGCAAGAAAAACAAUCAAGGAAGAAAGGAGUGGCUGAAGCUGCUGUAAAGGAAGGAGAGCUGCGUAAAGAUGUUGUUGGGGAAGAGACCGAGGGGUCCAAUGAAGAGAACAACAAGCAUGUCAGAGAUCACCUUUGAUCUAGACUGUGAAUCAACUCCACCGUCGUCUGAUCCUCACAUCGCCCAUAAACAGAUGGCGGGAUUUGGUGGCCAGCUAGAUCAGCGGUUCUUGGCCGCCAACGUUUCACCAGGAACCCAUAGAAGGGUUUCCGCUGAUUUCUUGGGGACUGCUCACUUCUUGAGGUCUUGCUCCCUCUGCAAGCGCCGAUUGGUCCCUGGCCGUGACAUCUACAUGUAUAGAGGGGAUAGUGCUUUCUGCAGUCUAGAGUGCAGGCAACAGCAAAUGAACCAAGACGAGAGGAAAGAGAAGUGCUCAUUAGCAUCUAAGAAAGAAGUUGCAACCUCCAACACCGCAUCAGAAGUCUCCACCAAAGGCGAGACUGUUGCUGCUUUGUAGAGGCACCUGCAGCCCAGAAUGGAAAAAGAUUCCGCCCGCUUAAUUCUAUCAAUAUAUAUAAAAUGUUAAGUGUAGAAUUAUAUAUAUGCAAGUGGGUUUGAUGCAGCUAGCUUUUGUAUGCAAAUGGGCAAAUUUUGAAGCUGUUAUUUUAUGUGGAUCCACAACUCAAGCAAAGCAUCUCCAAUCUUUAGUUCUUCCAA